CUGCCGACGCAAUGACUGUCGUCUCAGCUAUGUUGCUGCUCUCCAUAUUAUUCGGUUGCGCGACGGGAGUGCCCCUGGCGCUGCAAGGUCCGGUCUUCCUGCAGGAGCCGCCACACAGCGUGCAGUUCUCCAGCUCCGCCGGGGUCCUCAUACCCUGCUCUGCACACGGAAACCCCACUCCGGUGGUGCGCUGGCAGACGUGGGAGGGUGCCGAAGCGGGCACGGUGCCCGGUCUGCGCAACCCGCUCGCCAACGGCUCGCUGCUGCUGCCCGCCUUCACCGCCGACCAGUUCCGGCCCGGGGUGCACCGCACCGCCUACCGCUGCGUCGCCCGCAACGCCGUGGGCUCCGCCGUGAGCCGCCGGGUCGCCGUCACUGCAGUAGUUUCUGGUCAACGGUACGAGGCGCAGGUGCACGACGAGUUCGUGGUGACUGGCAACACGGCAGUGUUGCGCUGCCACGUGCCCGCCUUCGCGCGAGAGUUCGUCGACGUCACCGGCUGGUUACGGGGCGAGCCACCCACUGAACUCAUCGCAGACGUCGCCUCAGGAGGCCGCUUCUCUGCGUUCCCGUGGGGUGAGCUGCACAUCCGGGAAGCCGGCGAGCAGGACGGCCACGCCGGGCCCUACCGCUGCCGCACCAGGCACAGACUGUCCGGAGCCGCCGCACUCAGCGCGCCUGGAAGGCUGGUGGUGACGGAGGCCCGCGGCUCGGUGGCGCCACGACUUACAGACACCCGGAGUCACGUGACCGCCCGAGCCAAGCAGCCCGCAGAGCUGCCGUGCGCUGCGCAGGCCUACCCGCUGCCCCAGUACACGUGA